AUGGCAACUGAAAGCGCACCAAAGGUCACUCUAUACUGGCUCGAAAAAUCCAGAGCCCAGCGCAUCAUCUGGCUCCUCGAAGAGUGCAAUGUCGACUACAACAUCGAAAUCCUUAAGCGCACGUCCGGAAUGCUCGCACCUCCCGAGCUCAAGAAGAUCCACCCUCUGGGCAAAUCUCCCGUCGUCAAAAUCAACGCUCCUGGCAGAACUAGUCCCGUGACUCUUGCCGAGUCUGGCUUCAUCACCGAAUACUUGACCGAGCACUUUGCUCCUCACCUCUUACCCAAGAGGUACGAGGACGGCAAGCAAGGACCUGGUCUCGAGACUGAAGAAUGGCUGCGCUACCGUUUCUUCAUGCAAUAUGCUGAGGGCUCUUUGAUGGCUCUGAUGUCGACCAACCUCAUUUUCAGCUUCCUCAAAGGCGACAAAAUUCCCUUCUUCCUCCGCCCCAUCACCAGUGGCAUCUACAGCAAAUUCGAUGGCAUGUACUUCGGGCCAAACUUCAAAACCCACUUUGACUUUUUGGAAUCUCAACUCGCUACUGCACCCAAUGGUGGAGGUUUCCUUUGCGGCAAGGAUCUCACUGCCGUUGACAUCUUGAUGUCGUUCCCUUUGCAAGCUGGCCAGAAGAGACUGAAGAUCAUCAAUGCGACGGAUUAUCCUAAAUUGAAUGCUUAUGUCAAUAAGCUUGAGAGUAUGGAUGGGUAUAAGAGGUCGGUCGAGAGGAUUGAGAAGGAAACUGGUGAGCGUUAUACUACUAUGAUGGGUGCCGAGUAA